UCCGCCAGCAGCUGAUUUUAUAAACCCAAGUUCUUGUGCAGCACAGCAGACAGUUUCGAAAAACUUCGAUGCUUUUGCCAAAGUUUGAUGCUUUUAGAUCCGCCAUAGGUUUGAAGAACGAAUUGGAAUCCUGGAGAAUUGGAUUUUGCCCUUGACUUAGAAUUUCAGCUCCGAUGCGAUCCAAACUCCCAGACGCGGCUUCGAGUCGGAAAAUGGCUGCUUCGUCGGCGGUAGUGGCGAUUCUGGCCUCAAUUUGGCUCUGCAGUUCGAUUGCCGCCGACGCAUCUGGUUCUUCAAGUGAAACUACAAUGCACACCAAUAACUGGGCUGUCUUGGUCUGCACCUCUCGUUUCUGGUUUAACUACAGGCAUAUGGCUAAUACUUUGUCCUUGUAUAGGACAGUUAAGCGGCUUGGGAUUCCAGAUGAGAGGAUAAUACUGAUGUUGGCAGAUGACAUGGCUUGCAAUUCCAGGAACAAGUACCCUGCCCAAGUCUUCAACAAUGAGAAUCACUGGCUCAAUUUGUAUGGUGAUAAUGUUGAGGUGGAUUAUAGAGGUUAUGAAGUGACAGUGGAGAAUUUUUUGCGGGUUCUCACUGGGCGGCAUGAGUCUGCUGUUCCCAGGUCAAAGCGUCUCCUUAGUGAUGAAGGGAGUCACAUUCUUCUGUAUAUGACUGGUCAUGGAGGAGAUGAAUUCUUAAAAUUCCAGGACUCAGAAGAGCUUCAAAGUCAUGAUCUAGCUGAUGCCGUGAAGCAGAUGAAGGAGAAGCAUAGAUUCAAGGAAUUGCUGAUAAUGGUGGACACCUGCCAAGCUGCCACUCUUUUCAAUCAGCAGAAACAAACAACACAAAUAUAAACCCUAUACAAAUACCACCAACAAGCCGCUAUCCACAGAGAGGGGAACCAUUCUGCAGCAACAGGGGGGAACCAGAACCAGGAGAUUCAUAACAGCUAAGAGACCCUUUAUCUCUGAUACCAGAGCGGUUUUAUCAUGACAGCAGCAGCGAUGUGAGGGGACCCUGCAAUCUUUAACUCCAAAAUCUGUCUGAGCCAAUCAACAAAGCCUUCGAAAUUAGGACUCUUCCCUCCAUAUACCCUUUCCACCUUUCUCCCCGGGUUUCACUCACCAGUAGAACCCAGACAAGUCAACCAAGUGAACACAGUUGUAGCAGUCCUACAGCGGCCUCCAGUCCUUCCUGCCAACCCUCCCCUGUCACAUAGUCCCAAUGUGAGGGAAAUACCUUCUGGACAGUAGAUAUAGAAAAAGAGCACUGGAAAUACAAAUGUUUCUGUUGCGUGGAAUGUUUCAUUGCUAGUUUCUUCAACAUAUCCAGAAUGUUAGUCUAUUUUUUUGUUUUGCCUUUUCAUUUUUUAUGGCCACUCCUGUCAGACUUUGAAAGAGUAGAAUAUAUGAUUACUUUGGUGAAAGAAGCUACGGAGCUGUAUUCCUUACCACAAACUGCUAUUUGGACUAGAUAAUGCUCAUAAUUAGGACAGAACUACAUCUCAAUGUUUACGCUGAGAGUGGAUAUAGUUGUGACAUCAUGAAGAAACUAGUAUUUUAUGUGUUGGGCAUCACUUAUAUCUGUUAUUUAAGAUGAUGAAUGCAAAAGGAAGUGUCAUUUGUUGCUUGCAGCUCCAUUCACCUGGUGUUCUGGCCAUUGCAAGCAGCAUGAAAGGGGAGAAUUCAUAUUCGCAUCAUUUGGACUCUGAUGUUGGUGUUUCUGUUGUUGACCGGUUCACGUUCUACACCCUUGCUUUCUUUGAGAGGCUGAAUAUGUACGACAAUGCUUCAUUGAGCAGGCUGUUUAACUCGUAUGAUCCAAACUUAUUGAUGUCAAACGCAUAUUACAGAACAGAUCUUUACCAGCCAAAUUUGCAGGAGGUUCCUGUGACGAACUUUUUCGGGUCUGUGAUGGAAACAGUGCACACAGAUUCGGCUUACAGGGCCUUUCCGCAAAAGAACACUCCCAGAGAAACUAGAAUUCGCACAGGCAAUACGGCUGAAGAUGAUAGCAGAAGAAGCAUCUUGACAGAUAUGACCAAGGCAGAAUGCCCUUUCACUCGAAUUGUGAGUUCAUUGGAAUCCAAAAUGGAAACGGUUGGCAAUUUAGAUUCCCUAGUGAAUUACGGAUUGGUGAUGAUACUACCUGUCCUCGUGGUAUCUGUGUGGUUGUCAACCUGAUUAUAAGAAAAUAUGUGUGUUUGGGUCAAGAGUUGAGGUCGAUAGAAGCGCUGGAGGCCCUCAAAAGCAUGUAGAUUAUGUCAUUUUUAUGCCUCAAUUUAUAUUUGUCAGCUAAUUGUAGAGAAUGGGGAACUGGUGGGUAAAAUAUUACAAGUGGUUCCAGCUCUUAACACUCACAUUCCUUACUCCUCGAUAGUGUUGUUAUUCGACGAUAAGAUUCAACUGGCUUUUACGGAUGGCCAAAUGAGGUUUGUUUUAUUUUUUAUUUUAUUUUAUGUAAACCAAUUUAGUCAUAUUUUAAAUGAUUUGAGGACUUCUAAAUAGUUUUUUUCAUUA